UAUAAUUUCUAUGUAGAAUGUUAUUUUAUCUAGCUAUUUACAUAGGUGUUUGACUAUUUGGUUGUGACAGCGUUUCAGGGGGAGUCGUAAACAGUGUGGAACCAUAUUUUUUGUACAACAGGAACUAUGGCGGAGGUGGUGGCUGGUGAAGAAAGAGCUGAUGUAAAUACAAUGGAAAACGCCACAGCAAAUGCAAUGGCGUAUUUACAGGAUGAGAAGACUGAUUCUGACCUGGUGCCUGCCCUCAACCUGGGCGAACUGGACUUGACCACUGAUGAGUUCAUCUUGGAUGAAGUGGAUAUACACAUCCAGGCCAACCUUGAGGAUGACCUGGUGAAGGAAGCUCUAAAAACGGGGGUUGAUCUUCGGCAGUACUCUAAGCAAGUGGAAACUGAGCUACAACGGAUUGAGCAGGCUUCAAUUAAAGACUAUAUCAAAGAGAGUCAGAACAUUGCAUCUCUUCACAACCAGAUAACUGCAUGCGAUUCCAUACUGGAGCGUAUGGAGGAGAUGCUGAGUAACUUCCAGAGUGACCUGUCGUCCAUCAGCAGUGAGAUCCAGACGCUGCAGCAGCAGUCGGUCAGCAUGAACAUGCGUCUGAAGAACAGGCAGGCGGUACGCAGUCAGCUCAGCCAGCUGGUGGACGAACUGGUGGUGCCAGGAACCAUGAUCUCCGUGAUACUGGACAGCCCCGUCACUGAGCAGGAGUUUAUGGAGCAGCUACAUGAGCUGAACAACAAGAUUAACUUCGCCAAGGAGCUGAGCUUCAGAGAGACACUGGCCUGCUCGGACAUCCAGGACAUCGUGGACAGGCUCAAGAUCAAGGCGGUGACAAAGAUCAGGGAGUUUAUCCUGCAGAAGAUCUACUCCUUCAGGAAGCCCAUGACCAACUACCAGAUCCCCCAGAAUAACCUGCUGAAGUACAGGUUUUUCUAUCAGUUCCUCCUGGCCAAUGAGAGGUCUGUUGCCAAGGAGAUCAGGGAUGAGUAUGUAGACACCAUGAGUAAGAUUUACUACAGCUACUUCAAGUCCUACAGCAGCCGGCUACUCAAAGUGCAGUAUGAGGAUGUGGCUGACAAAGAUGACCUCAUGGGCGUGGAGGACACGGCUAAGAAAGGUUUCUUCUCCAAGCCGUCCCUGAAGAGCCGAAACACCAUUUUCACUGUUGGCCAGCGGGGGGCAGUCCUGAGCCCGGCAGAGCUGGAGGGACCCAUCCUCAUCCCUCACACCGCCCAGAGAGGCGACGUCAGGUACCCAUACGAGACGCUGUUCCGUAGCCAGCACUUUGCGUUGCUUGACAACGGUUGCCGGGAGUUCCUCUUCCUGUCGGACUUCUUCAUGGUGACCGGGAACUCCGCUCUGGACCUCUUCAACUGCAUCAUGGGAAAGACGCUCGGCAUGUUCCUGAAGAACAUAUCCACCUACGUGUCUGACUGCUACGACAGCAUCGCCGUCUUCCUCUGCAUCCACAUCAUCCUACGCUUCAAGACCAUCACCACCAAGAGGACCAUCCCAGCCCUGGACAAGUAUUGGGAGGCAGUAUUGGAAUUGUUGUGGCCACGGUUCGAGCUGAUUUUGGAGAUGAACAUCCAGAGCAUUCGCAACACAGACCCUCAGAAACUGGGAGUGCUGGACACUAGACCACACUAUAUCACACGACGCUAUGCUGAGUUUUCCUCAGCCAUCGUCAGCAUCAAUCAAACCUUCCCCAACGAGCGCACCAACACCCUGCUAGCUCAGCUACAGGUUGAAGUGGAGAAUUUUGUCCUGAAGAUGGCUGCAGAGUUUCCCUCCAGGAAAGACCAGCUCAUCUUCCUCAUCAACAACUAUGACAUGAUGCUCAGCGUUUUAAUGGAGCGUGCGGCGGAUGACAGUAAGGAGGUGGAGGGCUUCCAGCAGCUCCUCUUGGCCAGGACUCAGGAGUUUAUUGAGGAGAUUUUGUCGCCGCCGUUCGGGGGCAUGAUCGCGUUUGUGAAGGAGAGCGAGGCUCUGAUGGAGCGAGGGCAGCUGGACCGGCUGAAGAACGAUGAAGCGCGCAUCACACAGCUGAUCAGGGGUUUCUCCAGCUCCUGGAAGCAGUCUGUGGAGGCCAUGAGCCAAGACGUCAUGAGGUCCUUCACCAACUUCAAAAAUGGCACCAGCAUCAUACAGGGGGCCCUCACCCAGCUCAUCCAGUACUACCACGGCUUCCACAAGGCACUCUCCCAGCCCACCUUCCGCAGCCUGGCCGUGCGCUCCGAACUCAUCAACCUGCACCACCUCAUGGUGGAGGUCAAGAAACACAAGCCCAACUUCUGAUCACACGGACUGAGCUGUCUUCAAACAUGCUAAGCUAACGUACACAAACUCAUGCGAGAGAGAGAGAGAGAGCGAGAGAGAGAGAGAGAGAGAGAGAGAGAGAGAGAGAGA